AACAGUCAAUCGGUCCGAGGAGCUGCUAAAACAUGACUGUGCCCUUGAAGCUCGGGCUGACGCUCUUGUCUUUUUAUUGAUCCUAUAAUUCACCUCUGACAUCCUGUUGAUUUAUCACACUUAGAAAGGGACGGCUGGUGGAUAUAACUGAUGGCUGUGUGUUUAGCAUGAAGGAGGGGUUCAACAGGCUAGUCCAGGAAGUAUAUAACCCAGUUAGGACCAACAGAGCAUGAACAAGUCUCCUUUCCACCUGCAGAGCUCUGUGCGGGUCAGAACCUUGUCCAACAUCAGCAUCCUUCAGUGAUGAAGUGCAACUAUCUUCUGUCCUGGGCCUUCCUCCUCCUGGCCUCUGGUCCCCUGCUGGCCCACCCCAUCACAGAAUCUGCUGAGAUGCCUUACCCGGGACCUGUGUCCGCGGAGGAGCGAGGGGUCAGCUCUCUGGAUGAUCUGUCCCUCUCUGAGCAGACCUUCCCACUGCAGGAUGGUGCCAGUCUCAGAUAUCCCACAUUGAUGUCUGCAGAGAUCAACAGAGAUGGUUCCAGAACGAGUGGCCUGCUUCCUCGGGGGAUGAAAAGAGAGGUCCUUCUGGAGAAACAAAAUCUCUUAAAUCCUUUCAGCCGUGUGCUCGGCAUCCGGAAGCAGUUCAGGAAGAGAGGAGGCAACUCUGAGUGUUUCUGGAAGUACUGUGUUUAAAAUCUGGAGAUGGGCAUUGAUACUACACAGGAGACGGGGCUUGCACUAAAAAAAAAAAAAAAAUCUAUACUGCACUC